GUCUAGCUAAAGCAGUGUUCUGAGUGGGUGUGUGAAACGGUGCUCCUGAUGGCAGGAGAUAAUCACGGGGCAUCGUCCCUGUUUCGUAGGGCAGAACAAAUUAGAAGGUGGAAAGAAAGUGAAACAAACAGACAAGAAUAUAGUGAUAGUCCUAGAAAGAAAGCAGUGAAGUUCAGUGACGAGUGUAUAUUUUUAGCAGCCGCGGCUGCUGGCGAUACAGAUGAACUCGUACAGCUGCUUCAAAGAGGAGCAGACAUAAAUACUGUUAAUCAAGAUGGUAUCACGGCGUUACAUGCAGCAUGCAUAGACAACAACCUGAGCAUCGUCGAGUUCUUAGUGGACGCGGGGGCAGACAUCAACAGGAGCGACAUGGAGGGCUGGACGCCCCUGCACGCUACCGCCUCUUGUGGCUCCCUCACCAUGGCUAAGUUCCUCAUAGACCGAGGGUCAGACCUCUCACUAGUCAACAACGACGGAGAGCUGCCGGUGGACGUGGUGGACGAGCCUGCCAUGGCCACGCUGCUGGCUCAGGAGAUGGCCGCCAGGGGCAUAGAUGGCAAGACGGCGCGCAGUGCAGAGGAGCGCUGUAUGCUGCAGGACGUGACGCAGUGGCUGCACGAGGGCUGCCCUCACGACGCCCCUCACCCCAAGACGGGGGCCACCGCCCUGCAUGUCGCUGCUGCUAAGGGCUACACUAAAGUCAUGAGGCUGUUGCUGGACGCGGGGUGUAACGUGAACGCCCCAGAUCUGGACGGCUGGCGCCCCCUGCACGCCGCCGUCCACUGGGGGCAGACCGAGGCUGUGGAGCUGCUGUGUGACGCCCUUGCAGACCUUGAUGCCCUUAAUGCGGUGGGACAGACCCCUGCAGACCUCGCAGACCCCUCCAUCAGACCUCUGCUCGAUGAGAUGAGACGUAAACAUCAGAACAGACACAACCGCAAGCGCAAGCCGUCGCCGUCGCGGGAGUCUGGGCGACGUAAGGAGAGCAGCGGCGCCCGCGACACGGAGAACGGGCCUAGGGACCGGCCCACUGAGAACGGUGCAGUGAACAGCGCCACGCCCUUAGACGCUUCAGAAGUCCAGAGCUGGCGCAGACCCUCGUCCCUCAAGGGGGCUAGACCAUCCAAGGAAAACAACGGCAGUCCCGUGGUCGGUCGCGAGCCUCUGACUGAGCGCUCGUUAUCCACGCCCAACAACCUGGAAGACAACAACAGUGACAACAACAAGCUUGUUGUCACCCCCGUCAGACGUACUGUCUCUUUUGACAGGGAGAACAGAGAUUCUUCGACAGCCUCCAGUCCGUCGCUUAAUCCAGACCACAUCCUACCCAUCGCUCAUCAAGCCAAGCCUGAGCUGUCAGAUGCUUACGACAGCGCAUUAGUUUGUCAGUUUAUUGAUGGUGAUAUGGAGGAAGAUGAGCUUGAGUUGUCCAUGUCGCAGUCACUGAUAAAUGUCACUGAUGACAACAAGCCUCUUUCAAAUAUCAAUGAAAAAAAUGUUGGUUCAAGUGUUGGUUUUUCUUCUCAUGGUUCAGAGGCGAAUUUUUCCCAAUCUGUCUCGAGAUAUGAUUCUAAUCUAGAGAUCUCGAACGAGUCGUCUCGUUCUACACCCGUCUUGAAGUCUCCUCUCAAAUCGUCCAUCAACACACCAACAGCCAGUCAUCAAACUCAGCUUGAAAAACAUGAGAAUGAACAUUUUGCAGCUUCCUCAGCUAGUCUAACCAGACGUACGCUGCCUCAUAUUCCUGAUUCUCUUUCUUCGGUCACCCCGCUUGUUGGGGAUCUGGAUACCUUAGCCACAGCUGGGCUCGCUGUGGCAGAUCUUCCCGCUUCUGUUUCAUCACCUUCAUCUAUGGGUAAAAAUGUAGGUAAUUCCGUGCAGACUGUAAAUUCUAGUGCUAAAACGAGUGAUGGUGCCAAUCACACGUACAGUUUGGCGCACGGUAGUGUUAGUACCUCUGUUCUUCGUAACACUGAAGACUUGGAGACCCUCGACUUCGAUUCAUAUCCUUUACUUGAACAUGAACAAAAAACGAGUUCAAACCCAACAGGCAUAAAGAGUUCCCAUUCCCAUACAUCCAAUGUAGCCAUGUCGAACUACUUCGUUGAUGCUAACCAAAAUAGAGUCACCGAUGAAGAGAAGGCCUCAGCUGCUGUCUUACAUUCACCGAUGGUCCUUCACGUUGACGGUGACCAACAUCAGGAUUCCAUCACCAACAUUCGCGUCGAAUCCAAACGAAGUGCUGAAGGUACCGACCAAGACACUGAAAGCAAGUUCCUGAAAAGAGAAACACGACCGUCAUCAAAGCCACAAUGUGAUAAUGAAGCAGUUUCCGAUAUAAAUUCUUCUGCGCAUACGAGUUCGCCGAGAAACCUUGAACCUUCACACCUCGAAUCCAAGUUUAAGAUCUCUGACACAAAUUCUAGGUCUGACACAAAUAUGGGCUCUGACAAUGCGCACGAUGUUAUCAAACUGAAAUUGGGACUUAGAAAAUCCCUUUCCUCUGUUCCGGACAACAUUAAAAUGAACUCUUCGCGCAGCAGCAGCUGCAGUAGAAGCGAUGUCUUCAAUACCUCAGGGCCCGCCGUGUCUGUCACCUCCCCACGUAAGAACGGUUCCUUAUUGGACGCCGACAAUGAACCGACCAAGCCGCGAGCGUGGUCAAGUAUAAGUAAUCUCUCUCACUUGAGGGCUGAUGAUCUAAUGGAUGAACCAAGUCAUUUCGAGCCUCGCAAGCCUCGCGUACAAUCAACAAGAAGUCGAUUUUCUUCUCAAGACAACCCCUCUUCCGUGGCACAAACCACUGUCCCUGCCUCUACCGCCGAUACCAGCGUCGGCCUGAAGCGGAUUCGUUCUAUCCAUGGCAAUCCUGGUUACUACAAUUCUUGGAAUUCGAAUCCACAGUCAGUAUCGUCCCAGAAAACUAUGUAUGGUACUCUUCCUCGUAAUGCCCAUUCCCAUAGUCUCCUACCUGAUUUAAAGACAUCGCAGUUUGAGCAUUCGUCCAACUACUCAACACUACCUACUAGGACGCGACAAGCAAGGCUACAGCGUUCAUACAAAUCAGCUUCAACCAUGAAUGAAAUGACUCCAACAACUGUUAGAACUAUUCCUAGUACUUCAUCCAGUGCUGACUUAGCCGAGACCAACUAUCAUGCCGGUCACAAAACCUUAUCAUGUACGGAUUUGCGUGGUGCAUCAUCGGUGGGUCUCGACGAGACGGUCACUCUUCGUAAGAGGGGAAUUGGUGAGGGUGAGAGGGCACAUUAUCCCUAUAGAGACAGACCUGCCUCUCUGUACAAAUCAUCCACAUUCGAUGACAGUCAAAUUGAUAUCGCUUUGAGAAGAACUUCGGGCGAAGCGCAGACUCUUCAUUCAAAGCCUCUUUCGGUGGUCUCUUCAUUUCCUUCUCAUUGCUCAUCCUCUACUAACACUCUUUCUUCUUCCUCUACUUACCUUGGUGCUGACCAUACCACACCUACCGUCUCUCCCAGUACCAUAACUCCUGCUACCACCUCCGUACUCUUCGUAGCCUCUUCUACCUGUAACCCCACAACACUUGACACCACAAGCGCCACCACCGCGCAGAGCAGCUUCAGCGUCAUUAACAGGCCUACGCGCUCUCUAUCGCUCAAGGAACGCAUAGCGAGGAACACCCGAGAUUGUGUGGUGGUUGGUGUCCAACCAGACACCAAUCAGUCAUCCACCACAACCACAUCCCCGAGUGCCACCACCAACUCCCCUACAUCCCCAGUUAUACCUACCCCUACUCCUACCACCACCUCGUUUUCUCUUAUUAAUUCUAAUUCUACAUCAUCUACUACCACUUCUACCUCUGAGAGUUUACCUACGACUUACUGCACUACCUCUACAUCUAGUACCUUACCUGCUAGUGUCGCCACCACUAGUUCCUGUACUACUGCUAGUGCAGUCACUACUUCUAGUGCCACAACUGCCACAGUCAAUAGCACGGCCACUAAGACCAGCAACUCUAGCAACGUCUCGCCCAACAGAGUUCUUUGCAGCAACGUCACUAUCAUCACCAGUGCUCCGAAUGCUGGUGCUAAACCAACGAAUCAAGCACCAACAAUCACAGCUGUCAAUACAACUGUCAAAAACAUCGACACGCCACCCACACCACCACCAAAACAACACUUGUCACCACCUACACCACCAGCAAGCACCGCUGCACCACCAACUACCACUAGCACUACCACAACCACCAGCACUAGCAGUGCUAGUCAAAUGACCGCGGCACUAGCUAAGAUGAGCCCAAGCAGCGUCAUCAAGAAUUUCUUCAAGUGCGUUGUUGUUGCUAAUGAUAACAACUGA